AAAUAAUUGUGAGUAGACCAGUGUUCAGGCAUGAGGAUGGAGUUUUCUCAGACUUCAAUGGAAGAAGCAGCAAAGGUGAUUGUGUCCCGUUGUGUCCUCAUUUCUAUCACGUUUAGACUCAGAAGUUGGGCAGUCCUUUGAGAGGAAAGCGUCUUUCACGCAUACAUAAGAUCGAAUCUGCUAGCAUAAAGAAGCACACGUCGUCGUUUGAGACAACCACAAACCCAGAAAAUGAGAGUCAAGCGACUUUUCACUUGUUCACUAAAGACGCGUUACCCCGCGGUUGCGUACCUAUAUUUCUGUCAAGUCCGACGCAAAAGUUGUUUAACAUAGUUUGUGACGAGAAUGUCACGCGAUCCAACCCAACUACCCUUGUUCCCAAAGCGGAUAUUCUAAAAGAUCUACAUAUGCGGGCAGCCGUGUCCGACUUUAGUGUCCAAAGAUCUGCCAUUACCAAUUAUUCGGGAGAGGAUAUUUUACUAGUGUAUGAUGCAGACUACAAAUUCGGGGAAAAUUUUGUCCUGGUAUUAUCGGAGGAGGCAAAGCACGGUAUUCUGAGCCAUGUGGAAGAUGACUCCGAGCAACCAAUCGAUGAGAUGAACGACGACGUCGUCGACGAUGAGGAGGACGCCGAAGCCAGCGACUCUGCUGCCGAGCACCAACCACUGGUUCAGCGACCAUGGAUCGAUCUGGGUUCAGAAAAAGAAAUACAGGAAUCCUCGGUGAUUGAGUCCCGUUCGAAGGUGCAUACAAUUUACCAACGCCCUAGGCGCGAGUUUGGCGCUCCUACAACAUACGGUGAUUAUAAUGCCACAGACAAGUCGGCCAGUGGAAGUGUGACCUCGAUCCAAGAGAAGCCAGCGGAAAUACCUAUAAUGGAGCUAGACAAAGCUGUGUGCAAUGCGCAAAUGACAUGCGAAAGAGGGACCAACACAGAUUGGAAGUAUCCGCGGAAUGCGUUCACUCAAUAUGUCCCCAGAAUGUUCACCAUUGACGAGCUACAGACGUAUUAUUUUUCAAAUGCUCCAUUACAGGAUAUUGGCAAGUAUUUUCCGUUGUUUGAACAGGGAUUACUAGAAAAUAUGAUGUACAACUUUUUGGUAGAUGACUUUGAAAACUUAGCAGUAGGUGACGAAACUUAUGAUACAAAAGCAGAUAAUACCUUUAAGGAAUUUCUCUCCUUCACCGAUCUCAAAUUUAGCAAAGACAAAGCAGUGACUGAUAUUCAGUGGCAUCCAGUCAUCAAGGGGAUUGUCGCCAUGUCUGUGGGGGAGAGACAUGGCUACGAUCAACGAGUGGAUCAGGCUUCCAGGAUUCUACUCACAUCGACAAACAUAAUUCUGUGGAGUUUCGCCGAUCCCAUACAACCUCAAUUGUUGCUCGAAGCUCCGGAAGACAUCAUGUGCUUCCAAUUUAAUCCCACAGACCCGCAUAUCGUGGCAGGCGGAUGUUUCAACGGCACUGUGGUACUGUGGGAUAUUGAGAGUCACAUGGAAGACCUUCGAUCAGUAAAGGCCAAGAUGAAAGCGAAAAACAAACCCGUUCUAUUCUCCUUUGAUGAUACCGAUCCGAACCGAGUUCCCGUUAGCCCCUACUGUGCUGUGAGCAACAUAGAGGCGUCACAUACGUCCGCUAUUCUCGACUUAAAAUGGAUGCCGGAUCAUUUGGAGAUCAACCGUUUGGGAUACUGUUUUGAGAAUCCGGCCUUAAAGUGUGUUCAGCUGAUAACCAGUGGGCUGAACAGUGAGAUACUGUUCUGGGAUAUCCGUCCGGACAAAUCACCCCUGGCUGUGGAUAAGUCCCGCGAUCAAAUUACGUGCCCCCGCAAUGUGCCAACGACAUUUCUCCCACUAGAUUUGAAGUGGAAACCGCUAUUGCGAGUGCAUUUGUUUAGGAGUGAGGCUGGGGGCGAUCACAAUCCGACGAAAUUUUGCAUCAAAGAAGUUCAAGGUGACCGCCGAAUCUUGUUGGCCAACGCCGAGGAACGCAACAACCCGGCCGCUCGAGCCAACGCCAUCAAGAAUAAGCCGUUGCAAGGCGCAAGCACAAUGUUGUAUGUGGGCACGGAAGAUGGGGAUUUGGUCUAUGUAGACUGGAUGCCACAAAAGGAUCAGGAUACCGGUAAGGUGCAGACCCCAAAACCAGAGUUCUAUGCCACACAACACGAUGGACCGAUUUCGUAUAUUGCUCGGUCGCCAUUUGAACCCUCGGUUCUUCUCGUGGUGGGUGGCUGGACGUGGUCCCUAUGGAAGGAAGGCGUGAACAGUGGUCCCCUAUUGGAAUCUGGACAUUCGCAAAAGCCACUUACAGGUGGUACUUGGUCCUCCACAAGACCCUCUGUGUUCUUCGUGACUAGAGCUGACGGAAGUCUGGAAGUGUGGGACUUGUUGGACAAGACACAUGAACCCGCCAUGGUUCAGUCGGUUUCAGCCAACGCGCUCACAGCGAUCUCCCUGUGUAACUUCUCGAAGAGACAGAUCGUUGCGAUUGGGGACACACAAGGAGCCUUGCAAUUAUUUGUGGUACCCAGGCGUUUGAAAGCGAUGUUGCCCCAGGAACUGGCCAACUUCAACCUCUACAUAGACCGUGAAAUGAAAAGGCGAGAGUUUGUUCUCAUGCGUUGGGCCCUGAGAGAGCAAGAGAAGAUAGAACGAGAAGCAGAACAAAAGCGUCGGGCAGGUAUAGCCCCCGCUGUCGUUCUCACGCCAGAAGAGCUAAAACAGAAAGAGACGGUGGAAUAUGAAGAGUAUUUGAGGAAUGAACAGGCCUUCAUGAGACAGCUCGGGUUGGUUGAGAACGGGUUCUGAAGAUUAGCACGCAAUUUCAACGCACCGGAGGACGGGAUCGAUUUUGUCCUGUUGUAUAGGUGAUCGCAUGAAGUCACCUCCGAUGACCGACUCCCGGUAGACGGGUGUACCCGAAGUAAUUUGUUAAAAAUAUACAUAUAACUAUUCCA